UCUCAGAGAUGGAGCGGCUGGCUUCCUCGAAGUUCCACAGCGGAUGCUUGUCUCCUAUUGUUGGCUUGGAAGUGAGAUUCCUAGGAUCCAUGAAAUAGAGUGAGAGCAGCGUGCAUCCUUUUUUACAGUACUUUCGGCCUUUGAUAAUGGUGUGUAGGCGCUUGGAAUCCUGGAAUUUGAGAGCUGAUGAUAGGAAUAGAAAAAAAGCUAAAUUUUAUUCAGGGUGGAAACAACAAGUCCCAGAAUACACCGCUUCGGCCGGCGCCUCCGGAAGAGCCUCGCGCUUCCCCGUCACGCUUUGCUCCUGAUAGGAACCUUCCCUCUCCCACUUCCCUCCCUCCCGGGGUCCCCGCUGAAAUGAAGAAAAGCAUGUUGGGAUCUGUAGUCCCCCGUAGAACUGUUCCCUAUGUCCUUAGCGCGCCCGAACCUCCAUACUCCCCUCCUCACGACCCUUAGGCUUCCACGCUUCACCGCACUGGGACCAGGAAAUUGAAAGAUCUGGUCUGGGGUAGCGGGAAGACGGUGGCUCGGGAGGGACCGACGCCAGGGAUGGCGGAGCGGGAGGAUGGAGCAAGUGUCCGGGCUGCUUUCCUGGGCGCUGAGCAGAGUCCUGUGGCUCUCGGGUCGCUCUGAGCGGGGAGCUGCCCGGCAGCCCCGGAUCAUGGAAGAGAAAGCGCUAGAGGUUUACGAUCUAAUUCGAACCAUCCGGGACCCAGAAAAGCCCAAUACUUUAGAAGAACUGGAAGUGGUAACAGAAAGUUGUGUGGAAGUUAAGGAGAUACAUGAAGAAGAUUAUCUGGUUAUUAUCAGGUUCACCCCCACAGUACCUCAUUGCUCGCUGGCCACCCUUAUUGGGCUUUGCUUACGAGUAAAACUUCAGAGAUGUUUACCUUUCAAACAUAAGUUGGAAAUCUACAUUUCUGAAGGAACCCAUUCCACAGAAGAAGAUAUAAAUAAACAAAUCAAUGACAAAGAGAGAGUAGCAGCUGCAAUGGAGAACCCCAACUUACGGGAAAUUGUUGAACAGUGCGUCAUUGAGCCUGAUUAGCAGCUUUUCUGAAAGUUAUCAAAUUGUAAUCAUUUGAUACAUUUGUUUAACUUGUUGUUAAAUAGAAUACCCUUUUGUUUAUUACUUGGACAAUUUGUACCUCCAAUUACUUUUUUAAAAGAUCAUUUCCCAAACAAGACUUAAUUAUAAGGUGGCACCUAUUAUGUUAAUGUAUGUAACAUUCUCAGGUUUUAUCACAUUUGCUGAUCAAACAGAAGAAUAUUUUCUAGUUACUGUGGAAAAGACACAUGACUAUUUUUCAGAUGACCAUUCUGACACCACACUCUUCUUUGACAGAUCAACUAUCCCUACUAUACACAAACAAAUCAGGCUUUAAUCAUUACUCUGUAAAAAUAGAAAUAAAAUAUAGAUGAUUCUUAUAAUAAAACUGUUGUAUCAUUUCAAUGUUUAUUGAA